AUGAAAACUGAAGAAAUUCUAAGAAAACAAGAUCUAUUAACACUCCAAAUCAUUGGAGAAUUAGCUAAUAUUCAAGAAGUUUCAAAUCUAAAUCGAUCAGAUCUUAUUGAAAGUAUAGUUUGUGAAUUGUUCAUUAAAAAAGAAUUAAUUAUUUCAAUGAGAAUGAGUCUAUUUAACAGAGAUAUAACUGGAACUAUUAUUGUUCUCGAUGACCUCACAGUUACUUCACUUCAAGAAAUAUUUAAUCGUAUUAAAGAUAAAAAAGAAAAUAUAGUAAAAACAAGAGCUGGUUUAAAUAAACAUAUUAUUAAUUUCAUUAAAAAGAAUGGUGCAGAAAAGUUUUUUAAAAAAGUUCCAGAAUAUAUUAAGAAAGAUAUGUUUGCAUUAGUUUCUGAUGCUGAUACUAGUACAGUUAAGGCAUUAAUGAAUGAAGCUAUUUUAACAGGAUUUGCUAAUUUAUUAAAUAGAACAAAUACACAAAUUUUAAAAGAUAUGGUAAAGAAAAUAUCAAAUGAAAAUACAUUAACUAAAAAAAAAGAAUUAAUUAACUUUUUACUUGAAGAAGAAUAGUA